AUCUUACUGUGACUUAAUAACUUUUAUCUUAUUCCUAUUUUAUCGUCAAUAUACUUAGAUUUCUACCUGGAGGCAUCGUUGAUUCACUGCUACUAGAGCUAUUUGAGCCAUUCAGAUGACCGUAAGAUUGACCUCUCAAAGCUACUCGCCAAUCCAAACAUAUUGUACACCUGUCAGUUAAUUCAGCUUUCUCGAGUGUCCUUGAACCUUCCGCGUUUUUCGGUACACAUCUCUGAGUAAUACUUUCUUCGGAUCUCUUACAUAAUGGAACGUCUUCUCCGUCUUGGUGCUGAUGGACUAGCCGCCUUAGGGCAGUCAAAUGCCCAGCCAACAGAUGGUCCUGUACCAGAUACUGCUGAACAGGUGUAUAUUAGUAGUCUUGCACUACUGAAAAUGCUAAAACAUGGAAGAGCUGGAGUCCCAAUGGAGGUUAUGGGAUUAAUGUUAGGCGAAUUUGUUGAUGACUAUACUGUGACGGUUGUGGAUGUGUUUGCCAUGCCCCAGUCCGGCACAGGUGUGAGCGUUGAGGCAGUAGACCCUGUAUUUCAGGCUAAAAUGUUGGAUAUGCUUAGACAAACUGGACGUCCAGAAAUGGUUGUCGGAUGGUAUCACUCACAUCCUGGAUUCGGUUGCUGGUUAUCUGGUGUAGAUAUGAAUACACAGCAAAGUUUUGAAGCGCUUUCGGAUCGUGCGGUAGCUGUAGUUGUUGAUCCAAUACAGAGUGUGAAAGGCAAAGUUGUCAUCGAUUCCUUCCGUUUGAUCAACCCAAACCUUGUUAUUGCUAAUCAAGAGCCUAGACAGACAACAUCUAAUGUUGGUCAUCUUAGCAAGCCAACAAUCCAAGCGCUUAUCCACGGUCUUAACAGACAUUAUUACUCUUUACCUAUUAAUUACCGUAAGAAUAAGUGGGAAAUUAAGAUGUUGAUGAAUCUGAACAAGCGUACGUGGAGAGAUGGACUAACCUUGGAAGAUUAUAAUACUCACUGUACAGCUAAUCACAAAACUCUUCAAACUAUGCUUGAUCUAGUCAAGUCAUAUCAUAAAUCUCUUGAAGAUGAGGAAAAGAUGACUCCAGAACAAUUAGCCAUCAAAAAUGUUGGGAAAAUGGAUCCAAAGCGACAUCUUGGAGAGCACGUAGAUGAGUUAAUGACAUCCAACAUCACUCAAUCUUUAGGAGCAAUGUUGCAUUCAGUUGUUUUCACGUAAACAAUUACCAAAUAAAUUCGUUUUACAAAACAUUGAGUUCUAUUCAAAUGAAACAUGAGUUCUGAUGCAUUAACCGAAGAAGAGCGUUCACUUAUUGAAGCUAAACGAAGAAAAGCUCUUGAGUCCCGUAACCGAAAUAUAGCAGGCGGACCUGUUAGUUCAGUGCCUACAGUUCAUAAACAGAAUGUGGUUGCUAAGCAGCCUUUAUGUUAUCAAGGUGGUUAUGGUAGUACGCAAGCUGGAAAGGUAGACGAUUUUGUACAUAUGGCUAGAAGUUGGGUGAAUUCUGGUAAACCAACAACUGUGAAGACAACUGAAAAUUUAGUCAAGCAACAAACUCAAGUCAAACCGAAUUUCCUACCUAAGUCCAGUUCAAAUUCUUUUCCUUCGAGAACUCAGUCUACUCCUAAUGAUGCAUUCAGACCGAAGACCAGCUUAGUUAAUGUACUGUGUACACUAUGCUCUCCCAAUAGAUUUGAAGUUCAUGCCAGAUAUCAUGUUGGAUUAACACAGCUAUUCAAGUCUAUGGAUUCUAAACAGUAUGAUUCUCAGACAAGGAGAUGGUCAUUUGACUUAUCAGAAUAUAAUGAAUUCGUGAAAAAGGUCAAUGAUAUUGAUGAAUUACACUUGGAAGAACUUCCAUAUGCUGUUCUUAAAAUAUUUCGUAGACGAAUUUCAAUGAAUUUUGGAGCAGAUGACUUGAAAGAUAAUGAGAACAAUGAUGAAAUCGAUCAUUGUACACUGAAGGAUAGAAUACCAGAUGAUCUAUUGUCAACAUUAUUUCCAUUUCAGAAAGAUGGUGUAUGUUUAGCUUUGAAGCGAUCCGGUCGUGUUUUACUGGCAGAUGAUAUGGGUUUAGGCAAAACCAUUCAAUCGUUAGCUAUUGCAUCAGCUUAUUAUUCUGAAUGGCCAUUAUUAAUUAUUACACCGUCAUCUGUUAGAUUUUCAUGGAGAGAUCAAAUUAUUCGUUGGCUUGGCAAACCACUUAAUUUAAAUUUAACACAUAUAACAGUUGUUAAUUCAGGUAAAGAUAUUAUGGAUGAUUGGGAUUCGUUUAAUUCAUCACCAAUCACUAUAAUUAGUUAUGAUUUAAUGAGUCGUUAUGGCAAAGAAUUAUUGAAACGACGGUAUGGUGUUGUUAUUGCGGAUGAAUCUCAUUUCAUAAAAAAUAUUAAAGCUGCUAGGACUAAAGCUGCGACUCCAAUUCUUAAGUGGGCUAAAAGAGUUUUACUCUUAUCUGGAACACCUGCUAUGUCAAGACCGGCUGAGUUAUUCCCUCAAAUUUCUGCAAUUUCUCCAAAUCUUUUCCAAGGUGGAUUUCAUGAAUUUGGACUACGAUAUUGUUCAGCAAAAGAAUGUCCUUGGGGAUGGGAUUAUUCAGGUUGUUCCAAUAUGACUGAACUACAAUUGGUCUUGGAAAGAUCAAUCAUGAUAAGACGAGUUAAAGCUGAUGUUUUAUCACAAUUACCGGCUAAACGUCGUGAAUUAGUUGUUCUAGAUCCAAGUAUAAUUAAAAAAGGAAGCCUGGGUAGACAUGCUAAAACAAUGUUAACUGAUAAAUUAUCCAGUAAAGAGAAACGUUCUGCUCUAUUCGAAUAUUUCCAUGCAACUGGUUCAGUAAAACUUCCAGCUAUAGAACAAUAUGUUUUAGAUAUAAUCGAAUGUGGUCACAAAUUCCUACUUUUCGCACAUCAUACAGACGUCCUAGAUAGUCUCGAUAAAUUACUGUCAGAAAAAUCUAUACGUUUUAUUCGUAUUGACGGUCGUACAAAUUCAGAACAAAGAUCUGUUGUUUGUCAAAUAUUUCAAAAUGAGGACGAUUGUCGUGUUGCAUUGCUUUCAGUUACUGCAGCUGGGACAGGUCUUCAUUUAACUGCAGCCAAUUUAGUUAUAUUUGCUGAAUUAUUUUGGAAUCCUGGUGUAUUAGUUCAAGCUGAAGAUAGGGCAUAUCGAAUUGGUCAAAUGGAUUCUGUGUUAAUACGUUAUUUAAUUGCAGAACAAACUGCAGAUGAUUUCAUUUGGCCUCUUGUGGAACGUAAACUUGAAGUGUUGUCCAAAGCUGGCUUAAAUCGAGAAACAUUUCGAAUGACUGAUUCUACAACAAGACUUGGUUCUAAUAAGCUUGAACAACAAAAAAUUCUAGAUUAUUUCAAAGAAGAAUUGAAUGAUUUUGAAGAAUGGGAAAAUUUUGACACUGUAUCAUCAGUAAUCAAUGAAGAAAGUAGCAAUACUCACUCUCAAAAUGAUAAGAAAAUUGACAAUAAUAAUGAUCAUCAGAAUAAAGUUAAAUCUAAGAAUGAUUCUUUAAUGAAUCAAAUUCAUUCGACUGAACCAAAACUGACCACUAGUUUAUUUAGAGCAAAAUCACAAUCAUCAGUGAUUAACAAUACUACUCCUAAUAAAAAUAAUCCAAGAAAACGUCUCCUUGUUCCAUCAUCACCUGAGUCGAAUCAUUCAGAGAUAUUUUCAAAUGAAUUCAAUGAUAAUAUUGAUGAAGAUGAUUUAAUUUGGGCUGAUGACGAUGACGAUGGUGAUUUUGUUGAACAAAUCGAUGAAUCUGAUAUAACCGAUAAUAAUAUUGAAGAAUUUUCAGGAAAUGAUGAAUAUUUAUUAUCAGAAGCUGUUAAAAUUGCUGAAGCCGCUGAAGUUGAUUGGCUUACAGAAGGUCUUAUCAAAGAAGAUACAGAUGAUAUUGAAAUAAAUCAAUGAUAAUAACACAAAAAGGAAUUUUUGUGUUAUAACUUUGUACAUAAUUUUUAAGAGAUGACUAUUUUGUUUAUAGAUAAUAGCAUGACUUAUUUCUUGUGACAAACAUCAUCUAUCAAAAAUUACUAUUAUUAUUAUUAUUAUUAUUAUUAUUAUCAUUGUUUGUUCUUCAGCGCUUACUAUUUGUUAAAUACUGUAAGCUGUAAAUAUAUUGAGUGAUUGAAGCCUAAUUAUACUUGUAAAAUUAAUUAGUUACAGAAAUCGGUACUUACUUACGCCUGUUACUCCCAAUGGAGCAUAGGCUGCCGACCAGUAUUCUGCGACCCACUCUGUCCUGGACCUUCCUUUCUAAUUCUAUCGAAUUGUUAUUCAUUCUUAUAUAUAUACAUAUAAUGCUACUUAUUUGUCAUUCAGGAUUAGCAUAAGUAAUAGUAUCUGUGGCCAUAAAAACAUAUAAUUUGAGAAAGAAUAAAUUCACAGAAUGAUAGGUGUAAGACAGUUUUAAAACUCAUGUAGACAUAGUCGUCGCAUUCGGUUUUGAGUCAUGCUGCCCGAAUUCUCCAACCAUUGAUCACAGUAGUCGUGCAGAUCCUAACCAGGUAGUAGAUGAGCAAUAGCUAUCUUGCCAAUUGAUUUAGCAUAUUUGCUCGUUUACCCCAAAUGCCCUGUUACAGCCGAGAGUGGGAGAUUCAACUCUUCCUCUCGAAAUGCUCUCACAUAGACAUGUGCAUACAACCGCUGCCGGGGAAGUCCUACUCACUGCCUUCUCGCAGCGGCGGCGUUGUUUACGAAAUUGAGAAGACGAAAUGCGGAUGUCUGGCGCUUUAAUCGGGAUGUUGGAUACGAAGUUGGGAAGCUCUGACUCCAAACCAAUGGUGCACAUGGGCUCCAGGAUCCUAAGGAAGCAAAUGGAGUAUGAACCAAUUGCUGGUCACCGGCUACCACGGGACUGCAUCUCACGACGCUCCACUGCCUUGUGGGUUAGGCCUUUAGGUCGAAGGCACUGUGUGUGGUCACGUUAGGAAAACCACCUGCUUCGGUUAGGACACUCAGCUGUGUCCCAGCCCUCGUACAGAUUGGAUGGUUUAUGUGGCGCAUAUCUAUUUGGUGCCUCCUUGUACCAAUGUUUAUGUGUUUAGACAAUAGUAAUACUUGCCUACUAUUCUAUUUCUGAUCUCGGGAUUAGUCACUUUACGGUCCAAAUACACGUCAGCAAUCGUCCAAAAACAUUUAUGCUGAAAUUUUAGUAACCUAUGAAAGUCUGUUUUUUUUGGCAAUAUUUCAGAUCCAUUGAGCCGAACAGUAUACUCCUCCCUUGAUUAGUAGACGGACACCUCGACUCAAGUGAUGCAAGUUGGCAAAAGUCAGUAAAACGUUUUGGAUCCAUGCUGAUAUUUCGUCAGACGCUGACCCACCAGGACUAAUGAAGCUUCCAAGAUAAUUGAAAUAGAUUUCAUGAUCAAUUAUUUUUCCCUGUAAUUAUUUUAACCCUUUGCCUUUAUACCUGUCGUAAAUAUAUAUAUAUAUAUAUAUAUAUAUAUAUAUAUAUAUAUAUAUAUAUAUAUAUAUACGAUUGCAAGACAUCCA